UAAAUCUUGUUGCUGCGUUUUGAUGCAGCACCAGACAACACACUCAGGGUGUGUCCAGUACAACCUGUGCUGCAAGGUGUUUGUACGAAUGCAACAAAGGGUUGAAAUGCCAACACACCCAUCUGGGAAUCUUAGGUGUGAACAGAGAUGCAAUAGACUUGAAAAGGUCAACCGCAAAAUGUCUGUGGAACAAACGCGGUCUCCCAAUUCCACACGCAAAACUGUUUCUAGUAUAUCUUAAGUACUACUGUAUAUAAUAGAGAAAAAGAGACACAAGUAGCGUACAAGCAGAGAAAAUGCAAAGCAAUCUAUGGAGGUGGACGAAGUGGUGUGUUUACCAAGGCUGUCCCGGGUCGCUGUGUGCGGUGGUACCCAUGGCAACGAGCUGUCCGGGGUGUACUUGGUGAGAGAGCUGCUGAAGGUGAAGAAGGGAGUGAUGGAGAAGGAAGAGGAGCAGGAGGAGGAGGAGCCUCUGUCAGUGUUGAAGGUGCUGUCGAACCCGCGAGCCAUGCAGCAGUGCCGCAGAUACGUCGACACCGACCUCAACCGCUGCUUCACUCACGCAACCCUCAAUGGUCUCACUUCAGGCACUGUCCCCUACGAGAUGAUCAGAUCCCGAGAACUGAACGCCAUGCUGGGUCCCAAAGGACGUUCUGGGGCAGUAGAUCUUGUUUGCGACCUCCACAACACCACUGCCAACAUGGGCCUGUGCCUCAUCGCGUACUCUGACUGCGACUGGAUCUGCCUGCACAUAUUCAGACACCUGCAGAGGAAGAUGCCAGAUAUACCAAUGAGGUACAUUCAUUUUGAAGUCUCCAAUAAAGAAUCAUAUUCCCUCGAUUCUGUGGGAAAGCAUGGCUUCGCCAUGGAGAUCGGCCCCCAGCCCCACGGUGUGGCGAGGUCAACCGUCUACACGGCAAUGAAAGCUGGCGUGCAGCACAUGCUCGAUUGGGUUUGUUUCUUCAACUCAGGUACUCUUUUUGAAGGAGAAUCUGUGGAUGUGUUCACCAUGAUUAAACACAUCGACUACCCAAGAGACAGUGAGACCCGCAACAUCACAGCAGCCGUUCAUCCUCACCUCCAGGACCGAGAUUUCUGCCCGCUCCACCCUGAAGACCCACUGUUCCAGACUUUCUCAGGGGAAACUCUGAGGUACAAGGGAAAUGAACCUCUUUAUCCUUUCUUCAUCAAUGAAUGUGCUUAUUACGAGAAGGGCAUCGCACUGUCCCUGGCAAGAAAAAGGCGCGUGGUGAUUCCCACAAUCCGGGUGCAGACGGAGCAGGAACAAGCAGCUCACGUACAGGAAUUGGCUUCAGAGGAAGAGGAGUGAGGAUGGACUUUGAACUCACCUCGACAUGAUGAGACUGAUGUGACUAUGAAAUAAAUGUUACAAAAAGCUUUUAU